AUGGCUGGAUACCUGAAAACACCCACCGGCCCCCACGGCCACUUCCCGUCGCAUCCCAGCCUCGGUUCGGGGCUGACCGGGAUGUCCAUGCCGGGAUUGGGGCCCUUCGGGCUCACUCAUCCCUUAGAACCGGUGCCGUUUCCUCAAGGCGUGAAUCCCAGAAAGCAAAGGCGAGAAAGAACGACAUUCACGAGGGCUCAACUCGAUGUGUUGGAAUCGCUGUUUGCCAAAACAAGGUAUCCCGAUAUCUUCAUGAGGGAGGAAGUAGCCUUAAAGAUUAGUCUUCCGGAGUCCAGGGUGCAAGUUUGGUUCAAGAAUCGAAGAGCAAAAUGCCGACAACAACUCCAACAACAACAGCAGAAAGAAUCCAACAGAACGACACCUACACCAGCUAAAUCAAAACCCAGUAAAGUGUCCCCAGUUACGGCUUCAGUACCCACUACAACCGUAGCUCCUCCUCCAAACAUCCCCACACCGACCACUUCAGUGUCACCGCCAGUCGUCAACAUAAAAAAAGAGUCCCCUCAAGUUCAACCUUACAAAAACAACGGCAAUCUCACACCUUUAGGAAGCAACACGUCGAGUGUUAUAACUACACCUUCCCCACCGAUUACUCCGGGUAGUAACCCGGGUAGUAAUCCUUCCGUAAACGCAGCCUACCACGAAGGCUACAACUCCUUCAACUGGCACUCCAACGGCCACAAUUCUUCCCCCCAUCAUUACUACAGCCAAAGCUAUAACCCCGCUUACUACACUCAGAUGGACUACUUCAAUCAGCAGAACUCACAGAACCAGAUGCAGAUGAGCAACCACAUGGGCGGCACCUAUCAAAUGGGUAACUACCCCGGCAUGUCCAUGUCCGCCUCGCACCAUCAAAACUUCAGCCCCAGACACCCGACGGACUGCAGCUUGGAUUACAUGAACCAAAUGGUUUAG